AUGGCCUCACCUACGACGACCAAUCUCCCCUCAAGGGCCACCACUGGUUUUAGCACCCAAAGCGAGGAUGCUAUCCCUGAAGUUGAUCCCUCAAGCACUGCCGGUUUGCUCGCCGAGCGACUCCAGGCAUGGAAACAUGCCGUCGGUUACAUCGAGGAAUACAUGAAGGCUAUGGAGAGAAUCCACGGCCACCACGCCAAGGAGUACGAGAAGGCGCUCAAGGCCAUUAGCAGCCCCCUAAAGGAGGGUCAUCACUUCGACCAAAGCCUCGGCGGCAUGGCUGGCUUCUUUGAGAACAUGCGCUCCAACACCCAGUCCCUCAUCAACACCAACAUCGAGACCGAAAAGAGCAUCAAGGGCUCCGUCCUCCCCGUCCUCGAGCGCCUGCACAAGGAGAUCAAGCACAAGGCCAAGGAACUUGCUCAUGGUGCUGAAAAGGGGGCUAAGGAGGUCGAGAAGGCCCGCAACACCACCCAGAAGCAGAUCGAGCUGCUCGGCCAACAUUCUGCGUCUUUCGACUCGGCCGGUGGUCACCUUAGCAGCAAUGAUGAUCCUUACGUUGUGUACCGCGGUGUCCUGCACCGCCUCAACAGUCAGGUCAUUGCCGAAAACAACCACCGAAAUGACCUGAUCGCUGUUCAGAACAACUUCCACGCCUUUGAGGCCCAUAUUAUUGAGGUCAUUCAGCAAGCUAUGGAGGCUUUCACCCAGCUGGCUGGUGGUCAGGCCGACAAGACGCGAGCCUUGUACAACGACCAGCUUUCGGUCAUCCAGCGUGUCGCCCCUGAUUUUGAAUGGAACGCCUUCAACGCUCGCAGCGGCGACCGUCUCGUCGAUCCCAACGAGCCAGCGCGUUCUGUUGACGCCAUCCAGUUCCCCAACAUGGACCACCCCGCAACCAGGGCUCUGAUCGAGGGUUCGCUGGAGCGCAAGUCACGUAACAAGCUGUCUUGGGGAUACUCAACUGGCUACUACGUGAUCACGCCCUCCAAGUACCUUCACGAGUUCAAGGACUCGGAUAACAACCGUGUCGACCCCAAGCCUGAGCUCUCCAUCUACCUUGGCGAUGCUGUCAUCGGAACCGUUCAGGGUGAGAAGUUCAGUGUCAAGGGCAAAGACAAGUCCAAGACCAUGAGCAGCAAGCUUACGGGCUCCACCGAGCUCAACUUCAAGGCGCACACAGCUGCUGAUGCCCAGAAGUGGUUCCAGGUUCUCUCAGAGUGCGGCAAGGCCACUGCUCCCCUUAGCACAGGAUCCAGCCCAGCCGGUUCUACCCCCACGUCGCCCAACCCUCAGGUCACCGCCGACCCCCUCGACUCCAAGGUCCAGUCUCCCAUUACCCCUGUCAAUGAGCACGGUAUCCAAGAGGCUGGCGUUGUAGGCGGCGAGGCUCCUGCGGCAGCUCCUGUAGCAGCUCCCGCAGUGGCGGCUGAGAAGAAGGAGACCGCUGCCUAG